CGAACCGAAACCAAUCCAUGCUCAGUCCUCCUAGUUGGGUCCAGUCCAAAAACUCGCUCGCAAUAUCCAUGAUCCAAUCCAUCCAGAUGAUUAGGGAUACCUAUCUCAAUACCUAUUUGAAUUGUCGACGGCGACGAUCUCGAUCCUCUUCCGCUAGCUAGCCGACGGUGGAGUCGAUGGAAAGCCUGGAAAUGUUGAGGGAAGCGCUGGAUCGGUGGCGUUAUUUUGCAUACUACUUGCAUUUGGACAACCUCAAGUCAAGAACAACAACUCUCAGCCAAUCUUACAUGGAAACCUUUGCGCUUGGCUGCAUUCAGAUGGAGCGAUGGCUGAAGGAGGAAGGUUCACUUUGGGAGUUGGAUCCACCACCAUUGAAUGGUGCAAAACAAUAUAGUCUGGAUGAUUUGAAAGAGAUGACUGAUAACUUUAGUUCGAAAUACUUAAUUAAGAAGACUAUGCAUGGGAGAUUGUUCCGAGGCUUUAGUGACAAUCGUGAAGUGACCAUCAAAACCUGGGAUUUCUUUUGUCCCGAUAAGCGUGUUUAUGAGGACCACCCUAUGAGAUUCUGUAAUGAGCUUGAAAUACUGAUCGAUGAAAAUCCACAUCCGACUUUGAUGAAGUUGAAGGGCUUCUGUUUUAAACAUAUACUUGCAGUUGUGUAUGAUGAAAAACCAACUAAUUUUUUAUCAGAGGAGCUCUAUGCUGGUAAGAACUUUGGGUUGGAUGCUAGAAUGGAGGUGGCGACUCAACUUGCAAGCCUCUUCAUUUGGUUGCAUGAUAAAGGAAUGACAUUUGGUGAUGUUGACACUUCUACCAUAAUAAUUGAUAAGGUAAGUAGUUUUAUUUUUAUGCUCCGGGGAAAAUCUAUCUCUAUGUUCCCAAAUCUCCAGAAGAGCUGUCUCAAGGCAAAUCUACAGAGUAGUCCUUGGCAUCCACCUGGCAAAUAUGAAAAAAAGAUAAAUCAUGGAAAAUAGAAUCCCAAUCAGCUUAGACGAAGUGCGUGGUACUUUAGAGAAUAUUGGAAUUGGGGAACCUGUAAAACCCAAGGAAAAUUUUCUCCAGAUUUUAGGUAUUACACAAGCAGAAAGUGAGCUGCCAUCUAUUGAUCCUCCCUCCCUGGAAAUGUUAUGCUACUUGUGGCUUUCAGAAACUUCACUUGGGAUCCCAUUCGAGUGGGAGGUGGUAGGAGACCAUAGUGGUAGGAUGUUAUUAUUGGUCAUGGUUUAAAAGUUCAGUUCUAAAAGAAAUCGUUUAUAUCUUUCUGCACAGUAAAGCUAGAUGAUCUUC